AUAAACUCAACUGACCCAAGCUUUUAUUAUUAUUUUUUUUCAUUUUAUUUUCUUUUUUGGACUCUUCAUGCGAUCAUGGAGGGAGGUGAUGACUUCCACCACCAUCACCAUCAUCACCAACACCACCACCACCGACAGAACUUCCCCUUCCAACUUCUAGAGAAGAAAGAAGAUCAAGAAGCAGCGUCAUGCUCAACUUCCUCCCCUUACCCUUCCCUAGCUAUCUCAUCUGCAGAACCAUCCACUUCGAAUUCAAACCGAUCGAAUCCAAACAGCAACACUGCAAACAACAACAAUAACAACAGCAACAACAACCAAUUAGCCUUACAACAAGAACAGCAAAUACAGCCUUCUUUAUCCUCUGAACCUUCUGGAAAGAAGCCUCCUCCUAAGCGGACAUCCACCAAGGACCGCCAUACAAAAGUUGACGGCCGUGGCCGCCGCAUCCGAAUGCCAGCUCUCUGUGCAGCCAGGGUGUUCCAGCUGACACGAGAGCUCGGCCACAAGUCCGAUGGCGAGACCAUCGAGUGGCUCCUCCAGCAGGCGGAGCCAGCCGUGAUCGCCGCCACCGGAACCGGAACAAUCCCCGCAAACUUCACGUCCCUCAACAUCUCCCUCCGCAGCAGCGGUUCCUCCAUGUCCGUACCAUCCCAGCUCCGAUCCUCAUACUUCAGCCCUAACUUCCCCCUCCAAAACCGCCGAACCUUGUUCCCCGGAAUAACCCUCUCGUCCGACACCACCACCGCCAGUAACAACAACAACAACAGCAACAACAACACCACCACUCUCCUUAACUUCCAACAGCAACAGCAAACCCUAACCGCAAAUAUUUUCAAGCAAGAACUGAGAGAGAGCCAUGGCGCUCCCUCUUCUUCUUCCACGUUGGAUUUAUCUGAAACAAGCGCGGAAGAAGGUUCGCUAGGGAGAAAGAGAAGGCCGCCAUCGGAACACGACCUAUCUUCUUCAGCACAGCACCAAAUGGGAAGCUACCUGCUGCAAUCAAGCGCAGGCGCGAUUCAGGCGAGCCACGCAGCUCAGAUUCCGGCCAACAUAUGGAUGGUGGCGAAUUCCCAAAAUGCCCCUCAGGUUAUGAGCGGUGACCCUAUAUGGACGUUUCCAACGCAGGUUAGUAACAGUGGGUUGUACCGUGGAACCGUUUCCAGUGGUUUGCACUUUAUGAACUUCCCUACUCCUAUGGCUUUGUUGCCGAGUCAGCAAUUAGGUUCUUCCGGUGGCGGAGGCAGUGUCAACGAAAGCCAUUUGAAUAUGAUCGCCGGUCUCGGCAGUUACCGUCCGGUCAUCGGAGUUUCAGAAUCGUCUCAGGCCAGUGGCUCUCAUCAACAUCAUCGAGAUGGAACCGAUGAUCGACACGAUAGUACCAGCCACCACUCUUGAUUAUACUGAUCAUCAUCAUCGAAUAAUAAUUCAAAGGAUCUUGAAGCUGUGAAUUCCAUUCAUCUUCGUCGUCAUCGUGUACAACUUUGAAUGAUCCAUUUGAUGUGUUUUUUUUAACACACGUGAGAGAGGUUUGCUAUUUGAUCUUUCAAUUUCUUUCUUCCCAAAAUUGAGUUUUAUUUAUUUAAUUUUCCACAAGUUAAAUUUUUUUUCUGGUGUGGUUAAAAUAUGAUCCCAAGAGAUGAUGAAUGAGGGUUUUUAGGGUUUGAGAGAUGAUGAUACUAUUUAACAUUUGGGUAUUUGGCUGAAUGUUUUUAAUUUUAAUUUUUUUCCCCUCUUAUUUCAA